GAGAUUGCCCAGCUCCAUCACCCAAGGCAAGAGCGGCGUAGGGCAAACAGGCAGCCAUUCCCAAUGACGAUUCGGCUUUGAUCAGAGUAGCUAUAGUGCCAGAGUGUUCGGUGCAUUGCCUGUUUCGGCAGCUCAUCCGUUCUUCCGUGGGAAGGUUGUGUUCUGAGGUUCUUGUGGUACAUGAAGUUAUUGCCUUCACCAUCUGCUCCUGUAUCUUCCUCCCGGUGACAUCAGACAGUGCGGCAGGGUUUGCCUUCGCCGUCUAUCAGGCUGUUUGACUCAACUGUGCGUGCGCAUUCUUAUAAUGCCAGGAGAAUGAUCCUCCCCUAAGUCAGCUGAACGGAAGCCAGAAGUUCACGGCAAACAAGCGACUCAGCUCGCCUAACAGCAUGGAGGAGACCAGUUUCACUGCAGCUAACAGAGUAGAUGGUUGCUAAUUAGCCUGCAGUGUGACUACCAAAGGGAAGGGUUCCCUGCUCACCCGAAGAAGGGAAUCACUGUGCAGCCCCCAUCCUCUGAACCCACACAAGGAGGACAGAACGAGUGUCUCUGUUGAAUGGAGGAAGCGGACGCUGCGCAAGUGCUAGACUCUUUUCAAACGAUGGUCGCUCUCCCCUGGGUCUGACAAAGCCAGCCUGGCGACGCACCAGCAGGGUGAAACUUUAUUCUAGGAAUAUUUGUUUCAUCUAGUUCAUGAGCUCAAAUUAUAAGGACUCUAAAUGUUACAGAAGUGUUGAGAGAUUGCUCGGUCAUGAGCACCGACAGUAACUCACUGGCACGUGAAUUUCUGACGGAUGUCAACCGGCUUUGCAAUGCAGUGGUCCAGAGGGUGGAGGCCAGGGAGGAAGAGGAAGAGGAGACACACAUGGCAACCCUUGGACAUUACCUUGUCCAUGGCCGAGGAUUUCUGUUACUCACCAAGCUAAACUCUAUCAUUGAUCAGGCAUUGACGUGUAGAGAAGAACUCCUCACUCUACUCCUGUCACUCCUUCCCCUGGUAUGGACGAUACCUGUCCAAGAAGAGAAGGCAGCAGAUUUUAAUCUACCGUCCUCAGCUGAUAUAAUCCUGGCCAAAGAAAAGAACUCUAGUUCACAAAGAUCUACUCAGGAAAAAUUAUAUUUAGAAGGAAGUGCCCCAUCCGGUCAGGUUUCUGCAAAAGUAAAUGUUUUUCGAAAAAGCAGACGACAGCGUAAAAUCACCCACCGCUAUUCUGUAAGAGAUGCAAGAAAGACACAGCUCUCCACCUCAGAUUCAGAAGCCAAUUCAGAUGACAAGAGCAUGGCAAUGAAUAAGCACAGAAGGCCCCGUCUGCUACAGCAUUUCACAACACAGUCUCCUAAAGAAGACCACCUUACAGCUAAACUUGACCACUUAGCAACCAAAGAACGGACUCCUCCCGACACCAUGGCUUUGGAAAAUUCCAAGGAGAUCCUUCCAAGACAGGAGUCAAACACCGACAUUUUGAGUGAGCCAGCUGCCUUGUCGAUUCUCAGUCACAUGAACAAUUCCCCAUUUGACUUAUGUCAUGUUUUGUUAUCUUUAUUAGAGAAAGUUUGUAAGUUCGACAUUACCUUGAAUCAUAAUUCUGCUCUAGCAGCCACUGUAGUGCCCACGCUGACUGAAUUCCUAGCGGGCUUUGGGGACUGCUGUAAUCUAAGGGACAAUUUGGAGAGUCAGAUGGUUUCUGCAGGCUGGACUGAGGAACCGGUGGCUUUGGUUCAACGGAUGCUCUUCCGAACAGUGUUGCAUCUUAUGUCAGUGGAUAUUAGUGCUGCAGAGGUGAUGCCAGAAAAUCUUAGAAAAAACUUAACUGAAUUGCUUAGAGCAGCUUUAAAAAUUAGAACUUGCCUAGAAAAGCAGCCUGACCCUUUUGCACCAAGACAAAAGAGAACACUACAGGAGGUUCGAGAAGGCUUUGUGUUUUCAAAGUACCGUCACAGGGCCCUUCUCUUACCUGAGCUUCUGGAAGGAGUUCUGCAGAUCCUGAUCUGUUGUCUUCAAAGCGCAGCUUCUAAUCCCUUCUUCUUCAGUCAAGCCAUGGAUUUGGUCCAAGAAUUCAUCCAGCACCAUGGAUUCAACUUGUUCGAAACCACAGUUCUUCAAAUGGAAUGGCUGGUUUUAAGAGAGGGAGCUCCUACGGAGGCCGCAGAGCAUCUGAAGGCCCUAAUAAACAGCGUGAUGAAAAUAAUGAGCACUGUCAAGAAAGUGAAAUCGGAGCAACUUCAUCACUCAAUGUGCACAAGAAAAAGGCACAGACGGUGCGAAUACUCGCACUUCAUGCACCACCACAGGGAUCUCUCAGGUCUCCUGGUGUCGGCUUUUAAAAACCAGGUUUCCAAAAACCCAUUCGAGGAGACCGCAGACGGAGAUGUUUAUUAUCCCGAGCGGUGCUGUUGUAUCGCGGUGUGCGCCCACCAGUGCCUGCGCUUGCUGCAGCAGGCUUCCCUGAGCAGCACUUGUGUCCAGGUUCUGUCUGGUGUGCACACCGUCGGAAUAUGCUGUUGCAUGGAUCCCAAAUCCGUAAUCAUUCCUUUGCUCCACGCGUUCAAAUCACCGGCGCUGAAAAAUUUUCAGCCGCACAUACUGAAUAUCCUUAACAAACUUAUUCUGGAUCAGUUAGGAGGAGCCGAGGUCCCACAGAAAAUGAAAAAAGCAGCUUGCAACAUUUGUACCGUUGACCCUGACCAGCUAGCCAAAUUAGAGGAAGCACUGCAGGGAAGCCCAUGGGAGGCUGAACCUUCCCCAAGCCCGUCCAGUCCCUCUCACAGAUCUCAAGGGAUCCUGCCCAGCAGCGGGUCCGAAGACUUGUUGUGGAGAUGGGGCGCCUUAGAGGCUUAUCAGAAUUUUGUUUUUGAAGAAGACAGGUUCCGUAGUGUGCAGAUUGCAAAUCACAUUUGCACUUUAAUCCAGAAGGGCAAUGUAAUUGUUCGGUGGAAGCUGUAUAAUUGCAUAUUUAAUCCCGUGCUCCAAAGAGGCGUCGAGUUAGCACGUCACUGUCAACACCUUAGCAUUACUUCAGCUCAGGCCCAUGUGUGCAGCCAUCAUAACCAGUGUUUGCCUCCAGAAGUGCUUCAGAUUUACUUAAAAACUCUGCCUGCUCUGCUUAAAUCAAGGGUAAUAAGAGAUUUGUUUUUAAGUCGUAAUGGAGUAAGUCAAAUAAUUGAAUUAAAUUACUUAGAUGAUGUUCGAAGUCAUUCCCUAAAAGCAUUUGAAACUCUGAUAAUCAGCCUAGGGGAACAACAAAAGGAUUCUUCAAUUCCAGGUAUUGAUGGGCUAGACGGCGAACAGAAGGAAUUGUCGUCUUUAAAUGCAGGUACUUCCUUUCGUAACCAGCAAGCUUAUUCAGAUUCUCCUCAGAGUCUUAGCAAAUUUUAUGCCAGCCUCAAAGACACUUAUCCAAGGAAACGGAAGUUUGUUCAUCAGGAUGUUCAUACCAACAUGAUAAACCUGUUCCUCUGUGUGGCAUUCUUAUGUGUAAGUAAAGAAGCAGAAUCUGAUAGAGAGUCGGCCAAUGAUUCCGAAGAUACUUCGGGCUAUGACAGUACAGCGAGCGAGCCCUUCCAUCAUAUGCCGCCAUGUUUAUCUCCUGAGAGCCUUGUCUUGCCUUCUCCCAAACACAUGCACCAAGCGGCAGACAUUUGGUCCAUGUGUCGUUGGAUCUACAUGUUGAGUCCAGUUUUCCAGAAACAGUUUUAUAGGCUUGGUGGUUUCCAAGCGUGCCAUAAAUUAAUAUUUAUGAUCAUACAGAAACUGUUCAGAAGUCAUGAAGAAGAGCAAGGAAGAAAGGAAGGAGACCUACAUGUAUAUGAAAACCAAGAUUUAAAUAGAACUUCUCAAUCUGAGAUCACUGUGAAGGAAGAUCUAUCAUCUUUGACUAUAAAAAGAGACUCCAUGCCAUCAGGAAUGGGUAGUCCAAAACAGAGUGCUGACAGUUUAGGUAAAUUAGAGUCACAGCAUAUCUCUUCCAAAAAUACGGGCCAUGUUUCAGCUACUGAAGCUGCUCCUGAGGAAGCAAAGGUAUUUAUGAGUCAAGAAAGUGAGACCUCACUUCAGAGCAUACGACUUCUGGAAGCCCUUUUGGCCAUUUGUCUUCAUAGUACCAGAGCUAGUCAGCAAAAGAUGGAAUUAGAGUUACCUAAUCAGAAUUUGUCUGUGGAAAACAUACUGUUUGAAAUGAGGGACCAUCUCUCCCAGUCAAAGGUGAUUGAAACAGAAUUAGCAAAGCCUUUAUUUGAUGCCCUGCUUCGAGUCGCACUGGGGAAUCACUCAGUAGAUUUUGACCACCAUGAUGCCAUGACUGAGAAGAGUCAUCAGUCUGAAGAAGGAUUGUCAUCCCAACCUGGUGAUUUUUCGGAAGAAGCUGAGGAUUCUCAGUGUUGUAGUCUUAAACUUUUGGCUGAAGAAGAAGGUUAUGAAGCAGAUAGUGAAAGCAACCCUGAGGACAGUGAAACCCGAGAUGAUGGUGUAGACGUAAAGCCUGAAGUAGAAGUUUUCAGCGCAUCAGGCAAUCCGAAGGACUUACUUGAAAACCUCACAGACGGGGAAAUAAUAUAUCCUGAGAUUUUUAUGCUGGAAUUAAAUUUGCUUUCUGCUGGUAAAGCCAAACUUGAUGUACUUGUCCAUGUAUUUGAGAGUUUUUUGAAAAUCAUCAGGCAGAAAGAAAAGAAUAUAUCUCUCCUCAUGCAACAGGGAACUGUGAAAAAUCUUUUAGGAGGGUUCUUGAGUAUUUUAACACAGGCUGAUUCUGAUUUUCAAGCAUGCCAAAGAGUAUUGGUGGAUCUUUUGGUAUCUUUGAUGAGCUCAAGAACGUGUUCGGAAGAGCUAACCCUUCUUUUGAGAAUAUUUCUGGAGAAAUCUCCUUGUACAGAAGUUCUUCUUUUGGGUAUUCUGAAAAUUAUCGAAGGCGACAUUGCUAUGAGCCCUUCACAGUAUCUAACCUUCCCUUUACUGCAUACGCCAAACUUCAGCAAUGGCGCUUCGUCACAGAGGAGUCCUGGGAUUCUGAACAGUAAGGCCCUGGGAUUAUUACGGAGAGCACAGAGUUCGCAGAGCAGGAAAGAGGCCGACAGUGAAAGUUUCCCCCAGCGGCUGCUCUCCUCCUGGCACGUAGCCCCAGUGCACUUGCCGUUGCUGGGGCAGAACUGCUGGCCACACCUGUCAGAAGGGUUCAGCGUCUCACUGUGGUUUAGCGUGGAGCGCAUCCACGCAGCGGAGAGUGCCAUGGAGAAAGGAAAGAAGAUAAAGAAAAGAAACAAGUCCUUAAUGUCGCGGGACAGUAGUUUGGAUGGCGCAGAGAACAACAGACUGGAAGGUGCCGAGUACAUAAAUCCUGGUGAAAAGCUCAUAGAAGAAGGAUGUAUUCAUAUGAUUUCCUUGGGAUCCAAAGCUCUGAUGAUGCAAGUGUGGGCUGAUGCCCGCAAUGGCACUUUUAUCUUCCGUAUGUGCAUGGAUUCAAACGAUGACAUGAAAGCUAUUUUACUGGCACAGGUUGAAUCACAGGAGAAUAUUUUCGUCCCCAGCAAAUGGCAACACUUGGUCCUCACCUACCUACAGCAGCCCCAAGGGAAGAAGAAUAACCAUGGGAAAAUCUCCAUAUGGAUCUCUGGGCAGAGGAAACCUGAUGUUACUUUGGACUUUAUGCUUCCGAGAAGAACAAGCUUGUCAUCUGAUAGCAAUAAAACAUUUUGCAUGAUUGGCCACUGUUCAUCAUCCCAAGAAGAGUUUUUGCAAUUGGCUGGAAAAUGGGACCUGGGAAAUUUACUCCUCUUCAACGGAGCUAAGAUUGAUUCACAGGAGGCCUUUUAUCUAUAUGCUUGUGGACCCAACCAUACAUCUAUAAUGCCAUGUAAAUAUGGCAAGCCUGCGAAUGACUUCUCCAAAUAUAUUAAUAAGGACAUUUUGCGAUGUGAAAAAAUCAGAGAACUUUUUAUGACCAAGAAGGAAGUGGACAUUGGUCUCUUAAUUGAAAGUCUUUCCGUUGUUUACACAACUAACUGUCCUGCUCAGUAUACCAUCUAUGAGCCAGUUAUUAGACUUAAAGUCCAGAUGAAAACCCAACUUUCUCAAAGGCCCUUCAGCUCAAAAGAAGUUCAGAGCAUCUUGUUAGAACCUCAUUAUCUAAAGAAUCUCCAGCCUACGGAAUGUAAAACUAUUCAAGGCGUCCUGCACGAGAUCGGUGGAACUGGUAUAUUUGUCUUUCUCUUUGCUAGGGUUGUGGAACUCAGCAACUGUGAAGAAACUCAAGCAUUAGCACUGAGAGUUAUACUCUCAUUAAUUAAAUACAACCAACAGAGAAUACAUGAAUUAGAAAAUUGUAAUGGACUUUCCAUGAUUCAUCAGGUGUUGAUUAAACAAAAAUGCAUUGUUGGUUUUCAUGUUUUGAAGACUCUUUUUGAAGGUUGCUGUGGUGAAGAUAUCAUUCAUGUCAACGAGAGUGGAGAGUUUAAGUUGGAUGUAGAGUCUAAUGCUAUAAUCCAAGAUGUUAAACUGCUAGAGGAGCUCCUGCUUGACUGGAAGAUAUGGAAUAAAGCCAAGCGCGGAGCCUGGGAAGCCCUGCUGGCGGCUCUGGAGGUCCUCAUCAGAGCAGAUCACCAGCAGCACGUCUUCAAUAUAAAGCAGUUACUGAAGGCUCGCGUGGUCCAUCACUUUCUACUGACUUGUCAGGUUUUGCAGGAACACAAAGAGGGGCAGCUUACAUCCAUGCCCCGAGAGGUUUGUAGAUCAUUUGUGAAAAUUAUAGCAGAAGUCCUUGGAUCUCCUCCAGAUUUGGAAUUAUUGACAAUUAUCUUCAAUUUCCUUUUAGCAGUUCACCCUCCUACUAAUACUUACGUUUGUCACAACCCCACAAACUUCUACUUUUCUUUACACAUAGAUGGCAAGAUCUUUCAGGAGAAAGUACAGUCAAUCAUGUACCUGAGACAUUCUAGCAGUGGAGGAAAGUCUGUUACUAGUCCUGGAUUUAUGGUAAUAAGCCCAUCUGGUUUUACUGCUUCGCCCCCUGAAGGAAACAAUUCCUCCAGGAUUAUCCCACAACGGACGAUCGCCAACAUUCUGCGUUCUAGAAGCCUACCAGCAUUUCCUACCGCUUCACCUCAAAUGCAACCACAAAAACUGACUGGAAGUUUGGGUUGUAGUAUUGACGAGUUACAAAAUAUUGCAGAUGAUUACAUUGCUUCCCAAGCAGAGAAACUGAAUUCUCUGGUGAGUUCCGGGACACUGAAGAAAGACAAAGAGGAUGCAUUCAUCAGUAGCUGCGAGUCCGCAAAAACCGUGUGUGAAACGGAACCUGCCGUUUCCGCCCGCGCCUCUGUCAAUGGUGUCCCAAAAGGAACCUUGGAAUUUCUGGGGGUCAGAGUAGAUCACAAAGAGUUGGGAGCAGAACCCAAAUCAGAAGAUGACGAGUCCUACCCACGCCGCCCUGAUCACCUGAAGGGACUGGCCUCAUUCCAGCAGAGCCACAGCACUAUCGCCAGCCUGGGGCUGGCUUUUCCUUCACACAACGGAUCCGCAGCCGUUGGACGCUGGCCGAGUCUCCUUGACAGGAACCCGGAUGACUGGGAAAACUUUGCCUUUUCCCUCAGUUACCAGCCGAACUCCAGCCGCACUGCAAGUACUCACAGCGUAACGGAAGACUGUCUGGUACCUAUCUGCUGUGGAUUAUACGAGCUCCUCAGUGGAGUCCUUCUCAUCCUGCCUGAUGUUAUGCUUCCAGAUGUGAUGGACAAGCUCAUCCAGGCAGACACGCUUUUAGUCCUCGUGAACCACCCAUCACCUGCUAUACAACAAGGAGUUGUUAAACUAUUAGAUGCAUAUUUUAAUAGAGCUUCUAAGGAACAAAAAGAUAAAUUCCUAAAGAACCGUGGCUUCUCCUUGCUAGCCAACCAGUUGUAUCUUCACCGGGGGACUCAGGAAUUGUUAGAAUGCUUCAUUGAAAUGUUCUUUGGUCGACGUAUUGGCCUUGAUGAAGAAUUUGAUCUGGAAGAUGUGAAAAACAUGGGACUGUUUCAGAAGUGGUCUGUCAUUCCUGUUCUGGGACUAAUAGAGACCUCUCUAUAUGACAACAUGCUCUUGCAUAGUGCUCUCCUACUUCUUCUCCAAAUAUUAAAUUCUUGUUCUAAGGUAGCAGAUAUGUUAUUGGAUAAUGGUCUACUGUACGUGUUAUGUAAUACAGUAGCAGCCCUGAAUGGAUUAGAAGAAAACGUUCCUCUGAAUGAAUACAAAUUGCUUGCUUGUGAUAUACAACAGCUUUUCGUAGCAGUGACCAUUCAUGCCUGCAGUUCCUCAGGCCCCCAGUAUUUUAGAGUCAUCGAAGACCUCAUCGUACUGCUUGGCUAUCUUCAAAAUAGCAAAAACAAGAGGACGCAAAGUAUGGCUGUUGCUCUGCAGUUUAGAGUUCUCCAAGCUGCUAUGGAAUUUAUAAGGACCACAGCAAAUCAUGACUCUGAAAACCUUGCAGAUACAUUCCGGUUACCCUCUCCUCCUCAUCAUGCAAUAUUUCAACCGCGGAAGAGCAUCGCUGGUUCAAUUCCAAUGAGGGGUUCCAUUAUUCCUCACCGACCAAGACGUCAUUUUGGUUCCUAUGGCCAACUUCCGAUGCCUUUCUCCUGCAGUCCAUUAAAUCAAGAUUCGUUCUCCCCAUAUCCUCCUGGAUCCACUACCUGUGUGGUACCUUUCGGAGCAGGUGCUCGAAAAUUUCCCCUUGCUCAGACCGACUCUCUCCUGAUGAAAAUGCGCUCAGUGGCAAGUGAUGAACUGCAUGUGAUGAUGCAACGGAGAAUGAGCCAGGAGAACCCCGUGCAGGCAUCUGAGACAGAGCUUGCUCAGAGACUACAGAGGCUCACCAUUUUAGCAGUUAACAGGAUUAUUUAUCAAGAGUUUAAUCCAGACAUUAUUGACAUUUUGAGUACUCCAGAAAAUGCGACUCAAAGCAAGACCUCAGUUUCCCAGACUGAAAUUUCUGAAGAAAAUGUUCAUCAGGAACAGCCUUCCAUUUUCAAUCCAUUUCAGAAGGAGAUAUUCACAUAUCUGGUAGAAGGAUUCAAAAUAUCUAUUGGUUCAGGUAAAACCAGUGGUUCCAAGCAGCAGUGGACUAAAAUCUUAUGGUCUUGUAAGGAAACCUUCAGAAUGCAGCUUGGCCGACUCCUGGUCCAUAUUGUGUCACCAGCCCACUCUUCUCAAGAGAGAAAGCAAAUUUUCGAAAUAGUUCGUGAACCAAAUCAUCAGGAAAUACUGCGAGACUGUCUUAGUCCAUCCCUGCAACAUGGAGCCAAGUUAGUUUUGUAUUUGUCAGAGUUGAUACAUAAUCACCAAGAUGAAUUGACUGAAGAAGAACUAGGCUCAGCGGAAUUGCUUAUGAAUGCUCUAAAACUGUGUGGUCAUAAGUAUCUCCCUCCCAGUGCAACAACAAAAGCAGACCUUAUCAAAAUGAUCAAAGAGGAACAAAAGAAAUAUGAAACUGAAGAAGGUACGAAUAAAGACACCUGGCAGAAAACAGUUAACAAUAACCAACAAAGUCUCUUUCAGCGUCUGGAUUCAAAAUCAAAGGAUAUAUCUAAGAUCGCUGCAGAUAUCACCCAGGCAGUAUCUCUGUCCCAGGGAAUUGAGAGGAAAAAGGUGAUCCAGCAUAUCAGAGGCAUGUACAAGGUAGAUCUGAGUGCCAGCAGACACUGGCAGGAGCUUAUCCAACAGCUGACGCAUGAUAGAGUGGCCUGGUAUGAUCCCCUGUACUAUCCAACUUCCUGGCAACUGGAUCCAACAGAAGGACCAAAUCGAGAGAGGAGACGUUUACAGAGAUGUUACUUAACUAUUCCAAAUAAGUAUCUCCUGCGGGAUAGACAGAAAUCAGAAGCAGAUGUGGUCAAACCACCACUCUCUUUCCUGUUUGAAGAUAAAACUCACUCUUCUUUCUCCUCGACCGUAAAAGACAAAGCUGCAAGUGAGUCUAUAAGAGUGAACCGAAGAUGUAUCAGUGUUGCACCGUCUAGAGAGACAGCUGGUGAGUUGUUACUAGGUAAAUGUGGAAUGUAUUUUGUGGAAGAUAAUGCUUCUGAUACAGUUGAAAGUUCGAGCCUUCAGGGAGAGUUGGAACCAGCAUCAUUUUCCUGGACAUAUGAAGAAAUUAAAGAAGUUCACAAGCGUUGGUGGCAGUUGAGAGACAAUGCUGUAGAAAUCUUUUUAACAAAUGGCAGGACACUCCUGUUAGCAUUUGAUAACACCAAGGUUCGUGAUGACGUGUACCACAGUAUACUAACAAAUAACCUCCCUAAUCUCCUGGAAUAUGGCAACAUCAACGCUCUGACAAAUUUAUGGUAUACUGGACAAAUUACGAAUUUUGAAUAUUUGACUCACUUAAACAAACAUGCCGGCCGAUCCUUCAACGAUCUCAUGCAGUAUCCAGUGUUCCCAUUUAUACUUGCUGACUACGUUAGUGAGACCCUUGACCUCAGUGAUCCCUCAGUCUACAGAAAUCUCUCUAAGCCUAUAGCUGUGCAAUAUAAAGAAAAAGAAGAUCGUUAUGUGGACACCUACAAGUACCUGGAGGAGGAGUACCGCAAAGGAGCCAGGGAGGACGACCCCAUGCCUCCCGUGCAGCCCUACCACUACGGCUCCCACUACUCCAAUAGUGGCACGGUGCUCCACUUCCUGGUCAGGAUGCCUCCGUUCACGAAAAUGUUUUUAGCCUAUCAAGAUCAAAGUUUUGACAUUCCAGACAGAACUUUUCAUUCUACAAAUACAACUUGGCGCCUCUCAUCUUUUGAGUCCAUGACUGAUGUCAAAGAACUUAUCCCAGAGUUUUUUUAUCUUCCAGAAUUCUUAGUCAACCGUGAAGGUUUUGAUUUUGGUGUGCGUCAGAACGGUGAACGGGUUAAUCACGUCAACCUCCCUCCUUGGGCACGUAACGAUCCCCGUCUUUUUAUCCUCAUUCAUCGACAGGCUCUAGAGUCUGACUACGUGUCCCAGAACAUCUGUCAAUGGAUUGACUUGGUAUUCGGGUAUAAGCAAAAAGGGAAGGCUUCCGUUCAAGCCAUCAAUGUUUUUCAUCCUGCUACGUAUUUCGGAAUGGAUGUGUCUGCAGUUGAAGACCCUGUUCAGAGGCGGGCCCUAGAAACCAUGAUAAAAACCUACGGCCAGACCCCUCGUCAGUUGUUCCAGUCGGCCCACGCGAGCAGACCCGGAUCCAAGCUCAACAUCGAAGGAGAGCUCCCUGCUGCCGUGGGGUUGUUAGUACAGUUUGCUUUCAGGGACACCCGAGAACAGGUCAAAGAAAUUACCUACCCGAGCCCUCUGUCGUGGAUAAAAGGCUUGAAAUGGGGGGAGUAUGUAGGUUCUCCAAGUGCUCCGGUACCUGUGGUCUGCUUCAGCCAGCCCCACGGAGAAAGAUUUGGUUCUCUCCAGGCUCUGCCCACCAGAGCCAUCUGUGGAUUGUCCCAAAAUUUCUGUCUGCUGAUGACAUACAGCAAAGAACAAGGUGUGAGAAGCAUGAACAGUACCGACAUUCAGUGGUCAGCCAUCCUGAGCUGGGGAUAUGCUGAUAACAUUUUAAGGUUGAAGAGCAAACAAAGUGAGCCUCCAAUAAACUUUAUACAAAGUUCUCAACAGUAUCAGGUGACUAGUUGUGCCUGGGUACCUGACAGCUGCCAGCUGUUUACUGGGAGCAAAUGCGGUGUCAUCACGGCCUACGCAAACAGGCUCACCAGCAGCACGCCUUCAGAGAUAGAAAUGGAGUCCCAGAUACAUCUCUAUGGGCACACAGAAGAGAUAACCAGCUUAUUUGUUUGCAAACCCUACAGUAUAAUGAUAAGUGUGAGCAGAGAUGGCACCUGCAUCAUAUGGGAUUUAAACAGGUUGUGCUAUGUACAAAGCCUGGCAGGACACAAAAGCCCUGUCACAGCCGUCUCUGCCAGUGAAACCACAGGUGACAUUGCCACUGUAUGUGACUCAGCUGGUGGAGGCAGUGACCUCAGACUCUGGACAGUGAAUGGGGACCUCGUUGGACAUGUCCACUGCAGAGAGAUCAUUUGUUCUGUUGCUUUCUCUAACCAGCCAGAGGGAGUAUCUAUCAAUGUGAUUGCCGGGGGAUUAGAAAACGGAAUUGUAAGGUUAUGGAGUACAUGGGACCUAAAGCCUGUGCGAGAAAUCACAUUUCCUAAAUCAAAUAAGCCGAUUGUAAGCCUCACGUUUUCCUGUGACGGCCACCAUCUGUACACCGCGAACAGUGACGGGACCGUGAUCGCCUGGUGCCGGAAGGACCAGCAGCGCUUCAAACAGCCCAUGUUCUAUUCCUUCCUCAGCAGCUACGCAGCUGGCUGAAUGAGAGAGAACCUCGCUCCUCCAAAGCACUUUAGCUCCAAACUCGAUUUGUAGACCUUCCCGGUUUUGGGGAGGUUGAACUUGAAGAAACGGAUGACGAAACAAAUCAUCCAAAUAACGAUCAGCCCUCUUCACCUGCACAAUAUUCUGCAGCCUCCCAAGGUCCUAAGAGAACAGUUUUGUUCUAAUUUAGUGAUAAUCCAGAGGGCUGUGUCAGUAUGUCCCAAGCAACAAGAUUCAAGUCUUACACGAUAAAUUAAAAUCAUAUCUUUAAAGUUUUUACCCAUAAGCAUAAUCUAAAGAAAGGAUUAGGGUCUCUGCUUUUUCUGUUAUUCCAAAAGGGCCAGUAGAAUGUCAAGUGGUUAGCCUAAUUGUUUAUAUAAAAUACUCUAAAAAUUAUAUUUAAAAAGUUUUAUGCCAAGAUAAUCCACCCUCCCCCUGAGAAAAGGAAGGAAGGAAGGAAG